AUGAACCAACUACAGCAACAAAUGGAUCACGUCUCCAAUAAGGAAAAAGAAGAGCAGCAGGUAUGGCCACCAGAUGUAGAAGCUGCCUUUAUAAAAGCCCUGGAAACCAUCCCAAAAUUAGGCAGAAGAAAAAUACUCGUCAAUGGAAAACCGUGUGGUCGAAAUGAACUAAUCUCUGAUUUUAUUUUCCGUAAAACAACAAAGAUACGUACACGAAAGCAAGUCUCUUCUCAUAUCCAAGUCUUGAAAAAUACUCGCAAAGGAGACCCUCACUUCAUGCGAUUGUUGACAGACUCUGUAGAAGCCGAUGAAGGCUACGUAUCUACACAGCAGCAGCAACAACAACAACAGCAACAACAACCCAUACAGCAGCAACAGAUGAGAAAAUCAAGCAAACAAAACUUACAGCGUAGACAGCCACAAGCACAAAAGAUGAACUCUACGCAUUCCUCUGAAUCCCUAUCAUCCGAUGAGUCUAGCAUGUCUUCUUCUCCUUCACCCGCAGAUUAUGUAUUUGACAUGAUGUAUAGCGAGGGCCAACCUUCGCUCUCUAUGCUUGAUAUCAAAGAUCCCUUUUAUGAGCCAUUCUUUGGCGCCAUAAAUGAUACUGCCAUGGGUGGAAUGACAACAGGCUCCUUUUCUCUCUCCAAUAUUGCCAACGCCACCACCACAGACGUGUUACAGCAAUUAUUUCCCAAUGGGCAAGACUCUGUCGAAUUGGUAGAUCAGCCCACGAGUGAGUAUCUCAGCAACAAGGAAAAAAAGCUAAAAAAGACCUAUAAGAAAUACAACAAGAAAAAGAACAAUAUUAAAAAUUCAAGUUCGUCCAUCAAUUCUAUCUUACAGAACAAUUUAAUGUCUACAACCCCUAAUAAUGCUUGGAUUGAUCCAUCCAUCUAUCCAUUAUGGCCAAACUAUAUCUGUCUAUACUUAGAAUAUUCUCUUCCCUAUGAUCCAUCUAUCACUAUACCUCAUACAUUGGCUAAUUUACCCGAGUGCAUUCCCAACAGCCUUCCCUCUGUAGAUCCUACUGCUGUAGCCAAAGGAAAAUGUCCUCUAUUACAUGAGAUUACCAGCACCUUUGCAAGCACUACGCUCUCUGCUAACGUGAAACUCAACCUUAAUCUAAAUAUGACUGAUUUCUUCUUUAAUAACACGUCCUUUUUUGAGACCCGAGAUCGACGUACGAUUGAAUGUACCACCACCAUUUAUUCGUUUGGUAAUGUUGUCUUGGAAUCAAAAGAAGUUCAGCAGGCACUUUGGUUAAAUGAAGGCAAAUACAUGUAUAGUUUUGUCUAUGUAAAUCAAUUCUUUGAUGCCUUUAUGAAGGGCAUACGUUCACUUCAGUCGUGGGAAGAAGUCGAUAUUGCCAUUAAUAAUCUAUGCGUGGUUCAGGUGUUUGAAGAUAUUGAGUCAAAAUUCACAACUACCGAAAACUUGUUACUACAGGAUGCUCCACCUUUACUUGUUAUGAUUUACGAAUUCGAAAGAGGUGAAGGUACAAUGGAAAUGAGUACAGUUGACACUUAUUUCCUUCCAUCUGAUAUUUAA